AUGUCCAGAGACGCAAGACACCUCGAUGCAGCGCAUGGAAACCUUGCCAUCAACAACACUCGCAUCCGCCGCUUCCUUACUCUUGUUGCCCUCAAGACGACCGCACGGUUUUUUCGUCGCCAAGGCGCUUGCGUUCCCAUUUCGAGGCGCUUAAUCGUCAAGUCGGAUGCCUUUGUCGACUUGACAGAAGGAGCAACAAUGAGAUUUGUCUCCAACAACACCUCCGUCCCUCUACCCAAGGUCUGGUGCUCCUUUAUACGCAAUGGACGCGUAUACCUUGUCAUGGAGAGAAUACGAGGCGAUUGCAUCGCGAAAGGAUGGGAUGAACGAUACAAAGAAUCCAAGGACAAGCUCUUGUCGCAGCUGAAGCUCAUGGUGGAAGAAAUUCGUUCGCUUCAGCCUCGCCCUGACGCGGGGGUCGAGAGCUGCAUUGGCGGGUCGUUAUUCGAUAGUCGUAUGCCCCGUCCAGAUCGCCGCUUCGGCCCUUUCCAAACCAUACAAGAAUUUCACCUGUGGCUGAGGGGCAACUUGCGGCCCUCGGAAGCCGAGAAGCCUGAGCAGGCGGCUGAACAAGAUUGGAAGGCCGUGAAGGACAUGGCCGCUCGACAGGACGGGCCUUGGCCUCGGCCAGUCUUCACGCACGGUGAUUUGAACCCAUGCAAUAUAAUUGUCCGAGGGGAUCAAGUGGUUGGCAUCAUCGACUGGGAAUUUUCUGUCGGGCCCAAGGUCGAGGAUCAAGACUCGGUCCAAGGUAUGCGCUACCACGUUAAAAACCCUAUUUCUCAGGGUUGGGUGUACGAGGAAGCGGAGCUACGCGACGUUCGAUCCACCAACAACCUACUCGUCCGCAUCCUCGUCGCCAAGGUGCUGGAUGAGGCGCGCCUCGCAAACAUCUUCCGAGCCGUUCCUAUUGUGCAAAACGACACCAACUGGAGGUGUCGCACCUGGAUUGCAAAUGCGGUGGCAGCGGUAAAGCAGGACGGCAGAGCUGUAGGUAGGGCAGUGUUGGAUUGGGGGGAAAUCGAGCGUGUCGCGAGACGGUUUGCUGGCGAGAAGACGGCCGCCGGUCGCUUUAGGGAUGUUAAAUUGGCGCUGAAGCCGAAGCCGACGUGGGAUAUGUUGCAAAACAGGGAGACUGUCUCGUAA